AUGGCGGUCUACCUCGCUGCAGGCGCAGCUGGCGUCUUGAGCCAUGUGUUGUAUUUCCACAGAGGAGAACACCACAUGUGGGCUCCUACCUACAUCCAACUGUUCUCUGUCUCCCUUGUUGGCAGCAUCGUUGCCCUGACAAAGCUCUCAAACUGGCCACUCUCCGCCGCCAUCACAACGACAUCAGCUACCUUCGGCAGCUUCUUUUUUGGAGCCUUUGCAAGUCUCCUGGUCUAUCGCAUCUUCCUCAACCCUCUCAACAAGUUCCCCGGACCAUGGCAGGGACGGAUUACGCAGAUGUGGAUGGCGAUGCACACCAAAAACAUGGAUCUGUACCUCAAGAACGAGGCUCUGCACAAGAAGUACGGCAAGUACGUCAGGGUCGGGCCCAAUGUCCUCUCCAUCUCGGAUCCGGAUGUGUACGAUGCGGCGUUUGGGAAGCAUGUCUGGGCGAAGGCAGAAUGGUAUGACGGCAGCAAACCUUUCGACAGCAUGCACACCGUUCGCGACAAGGCCAUUCAUGACCGUAGACGGCGGAUCUGGGCUCCUGCGUUUAGCGACAAGGCACUGAGGGAGUACGAGACCAAAGUAAAGUCGUACAAUGAUAAGCUCGUCGAGCGACUGCGGCAGUUUGGUGGCGGUACUGUCAAUGCGAGCAAAUGGUUCAACCUAUACUCCUUCGAUGUCAUGGGCCAGCUGGCCUUCGGAAAGGAUUACAAGAUGAUGGACACCGGAGAGUUGCACUGGGCGCUCAUUCUCCUCAAUGAAGGCAUGGAGGCGGUCCCUGAGCGUAUGCCGGUUUGGUUGUUCCGGGUCCUGCUCGCCAUUCCCUUUGCCGCUGGAGGGCUGUUCAAGUUCUUGAAAUUCUGCCGUGACGAGCUGGAGUGGCGUGUUAACAACAAGGUUGAGGGUGGCGACAUCACAGGCUGGCUCCUCAAAGGCUACGGCAGCCUCAACACUGGCUACAACAACCCAGCCGACGACCCGAUGUUCCAAGGCGACAGCCGCCUGAUCAUCGUUGCUGGAAGCGACACCACCGCUGCCACAAUGACCUUCCUAUUCUACCAUCUUGCGAACAAGCCGGAGGAGAUCAAGAAGCUUCGCGAUGAGUUGAAGCCACUAACCUCGAGUAAGGACUGGUCUGACGUGGACAUUAAGAAUGCUCCACGACUGAACGGCGCCCUCAAUGAGUCGCUGCGACUGCAUCCCCCAGUUCCUUCGGGUGUUGAGAGGCUGGUUCCGAAAGGCGGAGCGACGGUGGGAGAAGUGGUUCUGCCUGAAGGGACACAGUUCUGGAUGCCGCAGUAUGUCAUUGGUAGAGACGAGGACAACUAUGAGCGCGCAUUGGACUUUGUUCCCGAACGAUGGUUCUCAAAGCCCGAGAUGAUCAAGCACAAGAACGCUUUCGCUCCUUUUUCUCUCGGUUCCGAGGGCUGCAUUGGCAAGAACUUGGCUUACAUGGAGAUGCGCACGCUCACGGCUCAGCUCCUGCUCAACUUUGACGUAUCCUUGGCUCCGGGCGAGGAUGGACAUCGGUUGCUGUACAAGUCUCGAGACCACUUCACCACUGGGUUGGGACAAGUCGAUCUCAUUUUCACGCCUCUGUCGGGCUGA